ACUUUGGUGGGCUUGAUUGACAUGAUCACAUGCCACAAAGAUUUGUCAAGGAAUGGCUCAUCACUGGAGAUGAUUUUUGCAGACUUCAGAUAAACUUUGCUUCUUGAUUGAGACUCGCUUGGUGCCAAACAGUUACUGAAGUGUUAGUAGUGAUUGAGGUAACUUUAUGAAUUAAAAGGUUUAUUGAAGAGUUUUAUGAGUAGUGAAAUACCUGGUUUCAUGCAGGUGCUGAUAAGCCUUGGACAUUGUGUUACAAAUGCCUGAGAAAACCAUUUCUAUGGAUUCUAUAGCUUGUAAAAAGGCCAUACGAUGUACAACCCCGAGCUGUGGCUGCGAAUGUUUUCUCCCAGCCAAGUCCAGUCUUCGCUUGUGUGACACGUGCAAGCAUGGUUGGGUCGCCCACGCCCUGGACAAGCUUGGUUACCGUCAUGUGUUCAAUGCUGGACUGCAGGUGGAGAUCGUUCAACCAAACAUUGUGUUUGACAUUGCAUCCCUCAUGCUGUAUGGAGCACAGGCCACGCCCAUACGACUGAAAAUACUCCUUGACAGGUUGUUCAGCGUAUUACAGCACGAGGAAGUAUUACAAGUGCUGCACGGGUUUGGCUGGACGUACGAAGACUAUGCACGUGGCUAUAUCCUACAGGUACAGGAGACCUCUGGCCGUGUAUUGGACAAGUGGAUCUGCGCUACAAGGGACGAGGAGUUCGUAAUUAUGCAGCAGUUCCUGCGCUUUGGGGAAACCAAAUCCAUUGCCCAGGAGAUCAUUCUUCAGGACACAAAAGAAAGACAGGAUAUCUUCCUCAAGCAGACAACACAUAACGACAGUGAAAUAAAAAAGUUUAUUGACCGGAGCAAUCUCUCUAUGCAAAAUCUUAUUCGUCCAUUUGAUGUUCGUCACCUAUUUGGUGCUAGAUUGCCAUACUUGUCCCCGACAGGAAGCCGGUUGUUAAGCCCUCCACUUGGGUUUUCCACCCCAACCUCUAGCUCCCGUGACCUACGACCUCCGCUGAUAUCGGUGAGCUCUACCAGCCCUGUGACCACGUCCCCACUAGGCAGACUGCAAACAAUGCAGCCAUUUGACUACCGGCGUGAGUCAGUCAGCCCUUCAGCUCUUAGCCCUGGAGAGAAACCAUCCUCCCGUGCCUCUCCAAAGAGUGAAAGUCCACAAAAUCUUAGCAAGAACCCUGCCUCUGCGCAGUCCACACCUCCUCACACACCAUUUACUCCAGUAAAGCAUGAAAAUGAGCCCCAUAUGAGUCACAUCUCCCUGCCUCAAACCCUACACCUGGGUGGACCUGCCCUCAUCUUGCCCGCGCUUCAGAGACAUGGACCACCUGAUGAUGGAGUCAUCAACUUUUCUUUGAAAGAGGACCAAGACAGCCAAUCUUACUAUGAUAGAAAGAAUAAACAUUUAAGGAAAUCAUCCAAUCCUAUCAAACGUAACUGGAUGCCUGACCCUAGCUUUGGGGCUUCAAUGAUCGGACCAAAUGGAAAGAAACGUGUUCUAUGUACCGCCUGCAAUAAGUCAUUCUGUGACAAAGGGGCCCUGAAAAUCCAUUACAGUGCUGUUCACUUAAAAGAAAUGCACAAGUGUUCAGUUGAAGGUUGCACCAUGAUGUUCAGUUCAAGACGCAGUAGAAAUCGCCACAGUGCAAAUCCAAAUCCAAAACUCCACAUGCCACAAAAACGACCAAAGAUUCCUGAGGGGGCCAGACUUGUUGAUGAUGGAACCGGUGCUUCUGCCAAGCGCCAACUUUCUUCCCCUCCAUCUGUUUUCAUGUCUAAUUCAAUGAUGUCGCAAAGCCCUGGAAGCAUGGUUGAAUGUCCAAGCCAGCGGCCGUUUUACGCCGACCCAAACAUUACAAUGCCAGUAUUUCCAACAGCUGCUAAGCGUCUUAAACUAGAUGGUUUAGAUGAUGGACCAAAGGACCUGAGCUUACCAAUUAUGAGGAGUGGACAGAGCUCACGGGAGACAAGUCCUGGGAAUGCAAGUCUGUCUCUGGUGCCUGAUCAUGUCCUUGAUGAGUACCAGAAUGCUGUAAAAGGGUCUCUAGAUGACAGCCAGGAUUCAGACAGCAGCAACACUCAGGCUACUGGCUCCCCAGGCCAGCCCCGUUUACACAAUAGAAGGAAGAAUAUACCAACACGUCUUGCCCAGCCAUACAGGGAACCAAAUGGGUGUAAUGAGGAAAGUCUGACCAGCAGAGAAAAUGUUGAUGGAAAUGAGCAUGAGAAUUUGAAAAAUGGGUCUGAUGUGGCAAAGCUUGAAGUAGAUAAUGAAUGUUCUGACAUAGAUGAUAGGUCUCUGGAUAAGAGUGAUGGCAAGCUGGUUAUAAAUGAUGACGAAGAUGACAGUUGUAAUGAGGAUGAUGAAGAGGAUGAUGAUAUGGAUACAGGGGAGGUUCUAGACUUUGCAAUGCACAUGCCAGAAGGAUUGGAUGGGGAGAAUAUGUCGGGUCCAGAUUCCAAUGAUGCUUCACAUGAUUCAAAUGAAGAUUCUUCUGAUAAUUCUAAACAUGGAGAGUCAUUGUCUGAUGUUGAAAUACCUUUGGAUAAAGAAAACCCCAAACAGUGUAUAUCUUGUGGAAAAGCUUUUUUGAAUAUUUUUGGACUAAAAAUUCACUAUAAGAAUGUUCACUUGAAGCUGAUGCACAAAUGUACCGUUGAAGGCUGCAGUGCCUCCUUUCCAUCUAAGCGUAGUAGAGACAGGCACAGCUCAAACCUUAACCUCCACAGGAAACUCCUCUUGACUGCAGAAGAUCAAAAUUCUGCUUCUGGAGAAACUGAUGACAAUCAGAACUUUAGGGCUGAUGUUAUACAGAAACUGUAUGAACAGAACAUGUCUAGUGAUGAUGAUAAUGCGGAACCUACUGACUUGAGUCAACCUGUUGUUAAUGGAAAGUUUACCAAUGACAAAGCCAUACACGAUACUGAUCAUGAUAACUGUGUGAAUGAAAAUAAGACCAAUGAAUCCAACAGUGACUUUUUGGGAAGUGCAGAACACCAAAAUGGUACCCAGGAGGAGCCGAGUGAAGACAUGGACUUGCCAAAAAACAACAACUCAAAGUCCUUGGUUGACAAAGUUUCCCCAAACACCCGCAAAUCCAGGCGGCAGGUUGGCCAAGGUGAUAUUCGCAAGACCACUGUUGGUGAUAAGGCUGUUUCUGUGUAAAGUAAUGCUGAUAUGUUCAAUGUAUGCAUGAAACUGCCAAAUAAGACUUGAUAUUUAAAUAUGUAUUUGACUUGAAUCAAGUCCAUUUUUCUUAAGUGAAGUGGAAGAUAAGCUGUCUAAACUUGAAAUGCCAAAAUAAUGUAUCAGUAUCCAGCCAGUUAUGUCAUAUGUUGGAGGCCAAAAUGUGCAAUUUAUUGUUUGUAAUUGAAAUCGAGAUUACUCUAUGCAUAAUAAUUAUUCUAACAAGUAUAUUUCACUAUGCAUGAUAAUUAUUUUAAAAGUUAUUCAUUCUUAUACAUGGUUUUAUUGCUUAAUGCAUUUUGAAGGAAUAGCAUGGGCAUUUUUAUUAUAUUAACGUUUUGACAUGAAAACCUGAACCAUGACAUUUUUUAUUUAUCAUUAUUAUGUUAUGUAAAAUACUUGAAAAAAUAGGGAUUUGAAAGCCAGUUUAGAUAUUAAUAUGUUUUUUACUGAUUUCAACUGUUGUGGGCUGUUUGUUGUUAAAGCCGUUAGAAACUGGUUUAACAUAUAAAGAUAGAAGCAUUGAUAUGUGAAUAUGUUUAUAAUAUUAUAGUUCAGUUAAAUGUUAAUGUUAAUUCGUUAUUAUACCAAGCUUCUACAUUUAGGUCAGAGUUGUUUUUCUGUUAGCUUUCAAUAUUGGUUUACUUUGGAAUUUCUUAUAACUCAACUACUUAAGACUGUCAAAUAUUUAUAUGUGUUGUGUAUAUGUAACAUAUUUCUAUGAUGUACAUUUAUAGCUGUUAAUACAUUGAUGUUGUUCUUGUAUAUUAGAUGUUGUAUCAUAGAAUCUCAUGCUUUAUAUUGUUGUUAUGUCUAUGCUGACUAUGUUACUGCCAAUAUCGCUCUGCUAGAUUAGACUGGCAUGAUUUUAACGUGCUAGUUAAUAUUCACUCAUGAAGACAUUACAUGUUGGUAACAGUGCAGAAUUAACAUAGAAACCCCCCCACAAUCUGUGACCACUGAUUGGCAAUUUAAUUAAAGAUAUUGGCUAAUUUUGGUGAAGUCAGUCGAAAUAGUGAUGCUCAAUUUGUUAUUUGUGCUUUUAUUACUUAAAUUUUAUGCAUAUAUAUGUAGUUAUGUAAUGAGUAUUGCUAAUUUAUUUAUUAAUCUUCAUCAUUAUGUGUACGACUUUCUCUUUAACAUUUAAAAAAAAAAAAAUUGGUAAGAAUUGUUGAUGUAUCGGUAUGUUAGUAUGGAUAUAUUCCCACCAUGUCGUAGCUCCGUUAUAACGGGCACGGCAAACAUCACUUUGUUUCUAUGCAAUUUGUUAUAGCGCUAUUUUCAUUGUAGUUUGUACAAUAGAAAUAGCAGUUUCUUACUAGAUAGUAAAUAUGCACUUGAUGUUUAAUAUGAUCUCUUUAUAUAUAUAUGACUUUAAUAAAUGUCUUGUAGGAAUAAGAAACUGUUCCGUGUACCUGCCAGACUUGGUAGUUUUCCCUGACAAUUUUUAUGCUACUUUGAUUUUCUGACCAAGGUUUUUAUGUUUGUUUCACUGUUAUAUGUGAGCAAAGUUCAGCCCAGGCAGAAUCUAUGCGAUAAAUGCCCUUACAAUAUAUUCAUUGAAACGCAGUUUAUGCAAAAAAGUGACACUCUUAUUAAAAAUCAAUUCAUACACAUGUAUAACAAACAUAGAUUUUGGGUGAUAAACCUUUAACUACUUACUAAAUGCAUUUUUGGAAAAUAUUUCUUACUGAUAAUACCAUUGUUACCUUGUAUUUAAUAGCUUUACACGUAAAAUAUUACCGGUAAAUGAUAGGUGAGUGAUCAAAGAUUAAGUGUGAUCUACUGUUGUAAGGUAGAAAUACCAUGUUUUCUGCAUUUAAAAUUAAACUCGGUAUCCUUCAUGGGAACCAUUGUUUUUUACAUUUAUUCAUCCUUUUUGGUAUAUAAAAACAUUUGUAUUAAUUGUAGAAAAUCUUAUUUUGGAGUAAAAGUGCAUCUUUAAUGAUCUUACAUGGCAUUACAAUUUUUUAUUGAAAUAGGGUCCUUAGUGUUAUAAUUAUGUUGAUGUAAUCUUUAAUCUGUACAUGUAGUUCUGAGGGUAUGAAACAAGUAAAUAUACUAGUUUUGUUAUAUUUCUUAAAUUUUAUAUAUGUUACUGGAUUAAUCACUUUCAAUGAUUCAAAAUCAAGACAUUCUGCUCUUUAAUUUUGUGUAAGCUGUUUAUGGGUUAGCUUUGUCAAAGCAAAUGGUCAAGUUAUAGGGUAAGAUAGGAUAGUUUUUGGUCAGUUUGGCCAGUCAGAGGAUAAUAACUGAAACUGAAAUGGCUCAAGUAGUUUCAAAUUACGUCUAUUUAUAACACUUAUAAAAUAAGUUGCGCAAAAAAACUUGUGUAGACAUUUUAUUUUCUCUUGUAUUUAAUCUAAUACUGUAGAAUAAUAUCAUUUUUGAACACAAACAUGAACAAACUCUAUAAUUCACCAAAAGGGAAACAGAAUUAUAUAUACGAAUUACUCGCUUAAUUAUAAAGAAGAUGUGUCCUAUGAUGACAUUAUUGAAAACAUUUUUGUUUGUCAUAAGGCGUAAAUAAUACGAUUGUUUACGGUUUCAUGCCCCAAAGAGAUCAAAUUCUGUCAAACAAACAAUUCUUUUUCACACCAAUUUGAACAAAACCACCACAGAUGAUAGUUUGAACGCUGAGUUUAUAACAUAUUAAAUGUAUGUACAUAACAGAUAUAUAUAUCAGCCAUUCAAUAUCACCGGCUUACACACCCUGUUUUUUUUCCAUAUUUUUAUUUUCUGUCAGUAUUACUAUGAUUGUGUUCUUAAGCAGUUUCCAUAGUGUCUAUGCAACGUACCAACCAUGUGCUCAGUAAUAAAUAAUUGUUUCUUUAAAAACAUGCAAGUACUGAUUUCUUUUUUGUGUGUAUUAUUGUUCAAUAGCCAUGCAAUUAUAUUUAUGCAACAUAAACAAAACAGAAAAUCACUGUCCUCAUGCUGUGUAGCUCAUAGCUAAGUGAUUUCCGUUCAUUGUAAUAUACUUACUCAACUGAAAGCACAUUUAAUAUUGCAAUGUACAGUCAUCUUUAUAUAAUUAUUGUUAUUUUAUUAGGCUUUCUGUUUUGAUAUUUUAUAGCAGCAAUGUUGCCAAAUGUAGCACCAGACGGGUGUAGUUAUAAUUCUGUCCAGUUAAUUUAUUAUAUUAAGUUUAGUGCAUGUUAGACUAGCGACCAUAUAUGUGUAUUGUAAGGUAUAAUGUAGAUCUGUGAAAGUGUCUCGAGAGCAGGCCAUGUACAUUGGUUAUAUAGUGGAAUAGAAUAAACAAUUUUAAAAGCA